AGAGAGACGUAUUUAACGAAUUAUUAUAAAACAAAACUGCUAGUAUAUACCAAGUACAUUUGUAUAUUUAUGAUACCAGUGUUAAUAAUUGCUGUUCAGUGAUAAUAAUAUGUGAUUUAGAUAACAAGCGUCAACAAAAUUACGAUCUAAUGUUUCUACAUUAAUAUCAUAAGAGUGAUCAAGUUGUGAAAUCGAUUAGUGAGCAGUCGUUAACUUCUAGUUCUAGUGUAAACCAUAAGUAAGUACCUACCUACCACUAAAACAUGACUGAUAAAAUAGCAAUCGUUACUGGUGCAAACAAAGGUAUUGGCUUCGGUAUUGUUAAAGAACUGUGCAAACGCUCAAUAAAGACUGUCUACCUGACCUCGAGAGAUGUAAAACGAGGCACGGACGCUCUCGAUAAAUUGAAAAGCGAAGGAUUCAACCCUUUGUUUCAUCAACUCGAUGUAACUGAUCCUAUAAGUGUACAAGCAUUUGCAGCGCACAUUGGAAAAUCUAGAGGAGGUAUUGAUAUUCUUUUUAAUAACGCUGGUGUGAUUUGUAAGGAGUUUAGAGCAACGUCAUACGAUGACGCAAAACAUGUUAUAGAUGUUAACUUCAAGAGCAUACUUAUUGUUGAAAAAUACUUGUAUCCGCUUUUGAGAGAUAAUGCAAGAGUCAUCAACAUGUCUAGUGAUUGUGGUCACAUAUCGCAUUUAAGUAAUCAAAAUUGGAUUAAAAAACUUACGAAUCAAGACUGCAAGCUCAAUGAUGUGAAUGAAUUCGUUGAUUGGUUUAUAGAAUCAAUCAAGAAUGAUGCAUUGCUCGAAAACGACUUUAACGAUAACUAUUUUCUAUCUUACAAAGUUUCGAAAAUUGCAUUGUCUGCAUAUACAAGAGUUCAACAGAGAGAAAUUGGAAGAAACAUAUCUAUAAAUUUGCUACACCCUGGAUUCGUUAAGACAUCGAUGACUAAAGAAAGUGGAGUUAUGACGGUUGAGGAGGCGAGUCAUACUCCAGUAUAUUUGGCUUUAGAUGCUGAUCAGUCGCUGAAAGGAAAAUAUAUUUGGUUCGAUAGAAGUGAAAAAGAUUGGGCUAACCCUAACGAAAAAACCGACUAUUACAUUGAUCCAGAGGUUAUAGAAGACUUUUUGAAUAAAAUGUCCUAGGUUAAUACUUUUUCCUUAACACACGCUGUGCUUUUUUGUAUUGCUUUUGUUAUAAAUAUUGAUGUCAUUUAGUCAACAAAGUAAUAUAUUUUUUAUUCUGGCUAA